AUGGACUCGAAUACAAUCACUCUUCAUACAAUACCAAUUCGUACGGAUGACAAGGAAAACAUAAUUAGAUAUGAAGCAUCAACAAAUAGUGACCGCCUUUUAACAAGAGUCUGGAACGAUGAGGUUAAUUUCGUUGAAAACGAGGUAUUAACAAUAUUACAAAUCGGAUCGAAUGGACUUGGACAUCGUGGAGUACAGUAUUUGGCAGAUUUGCUAAAAGAUAAUACGUCAAUCACGACACUCAACCUUGCAGUGUGUCCAGCUGGAACUGUUAGUAAUCAGCGAGAGAGAUUCUACAAUUAUUCUCGACAACAACAGCCAGUUGCACGUUUUCGACUGAAUCAACCGAUUAGGCCACAACAUCUAGCAGAUGCAUUAAACAACCAUUCGACGAAUUUUUGUGGAACAACAUUUACUGUGACUUGUGAUACAUGGAUAACGGAAUUUGAACUCUCAUCAAAUCACAUUAGAAAUGAUGGAAUGCAAUAUCUGGCAAAUGCAUUGAAAAGCAACAAGACUCUCAAGGCACUCCAUCUCCAAUGGAAUUUUAUUGGAGAUCUUGGAGUACAGUGUCUAGCAGAUGCAUUAAAAAUCAACAUGACAGUUAAAACACUUCAUCUUGCAUGGAAUAUGAUUGGAAAUGUUGGAGUAAGACAUUUGGCUGAUGCUUUAAAAUGCAAUACGACAUUAACAACAUUGAAUCUUGCAUCAAAUAACAUCUUUGAUGAUGGAAUAAAGGAUUUAGCAGAUGCACUAACUAUAAACACGACGCUCACAACACUUCAUCUUGGAUCGAAUGCAGUCCGAAAUGAUGGCGCACAGCACCUGGCUAACGCAUUACGACAUAAUAAGACACUCAUAUCACUCCAUCUCGGAUCAAAUUAUAUUGAAGAUGAUGGGGCAAAGCAUCUAGCAGAUGCAUUAGAAAACAAUACAACACUGACGAUACUCUAUCUAAAAUUCAAUAGAAUCGGAGAGAAUUGGAUGAAACAUAUUGCUUCUGCAUUGGAAAAAAAUAAGACAUCAAAGAUAGUCGGUAUCAAACCAAACGAUAUUGAUGAUGUUGGAACAGUACCUGUUGUAGAUAUGUUAAGCAACAAUACGAAGGAGGAAACAGUCUCUCCAUCUGGCUGA